AUCUCUAGCAAGUAGCAAAUUAGCAAUUCAACAAAAAAAAAAAAAAAAAGCGAGAAACCAACCCUUUGUAAAGUCACCUUGCGCCCGCCUGUACCCCGUCCUAGACACCUGAAACAAAAACUGGUAAUUUGUGCCAUCCCUUGCCCAGUUGCCCUUACUGGGGAGGAUUAUCAUAAAACCACCAAUUUCACUGACCAACGUUCAUGGAUCAUGGUCAUGGAUGGACAAAGCCCAAAGGAGAUGUUCGUCCAAGUUCUUCCCCUGCCAUCCUUUUAAAGUAUAGUAGAGGGGAGCAUAACCUCAUACCGGUCAGACGUUUUAUGGCAUUUUAAGUAUUAUCUUAGAGCUAUGGAAGUGCUUUCAUGCUCCAAUGUCAAGUAUGCUGAAGAGUCUAAUCAACCUAAACAGAGUGCAGGGACAACUUUUAUGUGUGGUGGAGAACUGAACUGCCUUGAACCAGGGAAACAAGCUCAGGCAUUUGGUCUGUAUGCAUAAGGUGGAAGACCUUGCACUGAAUGAUGAAGGGCCAGAGAAAGAUAACCAGAUGGAGAUGAAGAGUUCACAAUUGGGCUGUGCUUGCUCACAUUCAACAUGUUAUCCUGAGAAAUGUGACCAUGUAUAUCUUUUCGGUAAUGAUUAUGAAAAUGCCAAGGACAUCUAUGGUAAACCAAUCAGGGGAGAUUUCCAUAUGAUGAACAAGGCCGGAUUAUUUUGGAGGAGGGUUAUCCAGUUUAUGAGUGCAAUUCCAUGUGCAGCUGUGACAGAACUUGCCGGAAUAGGGUAUUGCAGAACGGGGUGCAGGUCAAAUUGGAAGUCUUCAAAACAGAGAAUAGGGGUUGGGCAGUCAGAGCUGGUGAGCCAAUCCUUCAGUGGGACUUUUGUGUGUGAAUACAUUGGGGAGGUUUUGGCUGAUCAAGAGGCAAAUAGAAGGGGCAACAGGUUUGAUAAUGAAGGCUGUAGCUAUUUGUAUGACAUUGAUCCCCACAUCAAUGAUAUUAGUGGAUUGACUGAAGGAGCAGUUCCAUACGUGAUUGAUGCCACAAUACUUGGAAAUGUUUCACGGUUCAUCAACCAUUGUUGCUCGCCCAAUCUUGUGAACUAUCUUGUUCUCGUGGAUAGCAUGGAUUGUCGGCUUGCACAUAUUGGUCUCUAUGCCAGACAAGAUAUAUCUGCAGGUGAGGAAUUGGGAUUUGAUUAUCACUAUAAGUUGCUUCCAGGACAAGGACAUUCUUGCCAUUGUGGUGCUCCUAAUUGCCGGGGCCGCCUAUGUUGAUUGUUGAAUAAGUUACAGUAGACUCAGAAAUUCAAGAUCUCUACCCAACCAGAACAAGGGUGGUUUCUGAUUUUUGGAGUCGACAACAGGAAUAUGAAAAUUCUGGGUGAUGGUCAAUAAUCAUCUCCCCUUUGCCAGAGGAAACUUGAUCCAAUGGACCAUUACCACGAAUGCAUAUUUCAUCAUAUUGAACAAGCAAGCUUUGAUUCACGUUUCAUAAUCAUCAUCAUCAUCACCAUCAUCAUCUAAGCCUUUGCCAUUUUGUUUUAAUGUCACAAUUCAUUUCAGGCAGUA